GGCGUUAGUAUUGGUGCAAUACCUUGUUGAUACCGCUAUAGGGCGAUUACACUUGAAGCACUGUGAGCCCACGGUUCAUCUCGUUUCGUGCGUGUAUUAGCACUUUUGUAAAUCACUUCCAAUCACAAUUUACAUUACUCCUAACCUACCAUGGCCACAAAAAACAUCUUUUCUAAGCAUCUACCCAAUGUGAAGCUGGCAACACGCUUCGAUGCGGAUGGUAAUGAAAUUCAGGUUGAAAAGCGAGAAGACGAAGAGCAGAAACGAAAGGAGCAGGACAUCAUUGAUACACUCGUCGGUGCCGGAUACUAUCGGGCGCACAUACAGGGUCUCUCGUCCUUCGACAAGAUAGUGGGCGGUAUGACCUGGUGCAUCGAGGCCUGUGACUAUGACGUCAAUGUGGAUCUUUUGUUCCACGAGAAUCUUACCAUCGGCCAGAAGAUUGCCUUGACGGAAAAGAUAGUUGGUGUUUUGCCUCGAAUGAAGUGUCCGUUUCUGAUUGAACCGCAUCAAAUACAGGGCUUGGAUUUCAUCAACAUAUUUCCCGUGGUGCAAUGGUUGGUCAAACGUUCGGUGGAAAAUCGAAGCAAAAAGGCGGACACGUUGCGGAAGCUGGCUGCGACUCAGUUUCAGAACCAUUUUACCCUUGAAUCGGAUCGCGAGUUGCAGCGUUUGCGCCUAAAACAAUUAGCUUAUCUGCAGGCAAUCGAAUCCAAGUAUCUUCCCAAGCGACAGUUUAAACAACGUAAAGCAGCCGGUGGAGGAUGGAUACCGGUGCGGCCAAAGGAUGCUACGGAUCAGGAAAUAUCUGAUGGGGUCCGAUCUUUGGACGAUGGAACCGAGACUGGCGCGGAGGAUGAAGAAGAGGACGAGGAAGACGCAACAGUGAGUACUGAAAAGGAGCUUAAUUUUGAUGUUUUAUUUAAAAUGAUCACAAAAGAGCACAACAUUCCCGUCGAACUUACGGAUGCAGACCAGUUAAAGUUGUCGAAAAGAUACGAUGAUAUCAAACAAAAGAUUUCAUCCGAUGUAGUUGAAAACGUAUCUGAACGAAACCGCGUUAAAUCUCAACUAGCCCUCAAACUGGCGUUAGAGAAGAAACUUGAACUUGCAUUGGGCGAAUGCGCUCAGCUGCGAAUAACGGUGCAGGAGGAAGAACGGGAACUACAGGAAGCUAGCGAUCGUAAAGAAACGCUUGAAGAGGAAAUAAGAAAUCUCGACAACCUAGAAAUUACUGAAAAUAAUCAAAAAAUACUGGACCACGUCAAAGAGUUAGUUUUGAAAAACGAGCGCAUGAAGAAACAGGAGACACAGUUUAAAGAUAAUUGCAAGAAAGAGUUGGCAGAACUCCAGCAAAAGAUAGAGAAAGCCGAAACAUCAACACCGGAUGAAGAUAUGGUCGAACUUCAGCGCCAAUUGGACAUGGAACUGGAACGACUGAAAUCGCUUCGUCUGCAGCUAGCAAAGAAGAACCGCUCGUACGUGGCUAUCAAACGUCAGUUGGACACCGUCCCAGAUCGUACGGAAUUGGCUCAAUAUCAGCGAAGGUUUCUUGAGCUUUAUAAUCAAGUAAGUGCAAAGCAUCGGGAAACAAAGCAAUUUUACACGCUGUACAACACGCUGGAUGAUACUAAGCUGUAUCUGGAGAAGGAAAUGUCGUUGCUGAACUCCAUCUACGACAACUAUGCAAAUGCCAUGCAGACUCCGCAUUCGCGCGAACAAUUUGUGCAACAGUUUGAAACCAUCGUCGAAGGAAUUCGUGCAACGAAGGCAAAAUUGAAGAAAAAAUGUGACGACGAGAAAGCUAAGCGCGACGGCUUAAACGCUCAGUUACUUUGUCUAGUAGAACAACAGCGCAAAUAUGCAGCGACGGUCAAACAGCUCACGAUGGAAUGCCAGCGAAACGAGACCCUGAUGCAGCAUCUGAAGGUGCUAAAGGCAGCGCAUGCCUCCACUCAGCAGCAAUAGUGAGUGUAAUAAUUCUAGAACAAAAUAAUGGCAUUAUUCCGUAUUUUUAAAGCCCUUAGGAUUGAGAACUGAAUAUAUACUCAAACUGCUACAUGUCCAAUCGAU